AUGGCUAAAAUGCUGAAAAGACUGAAAAAAUUAACAUCUACAACAGGAGCCAACACGGAUUCGCAGAAUUCAAUGCAGACAAUGAAAGGCUGGCCGUUAUUAUUUCACCCAACACACAGCACUAACAUCCAACUUUCAUCAGAUCAGAGAUGUGCCAAACGAUUAGAAACCUUUUGCAAUGGAAUAUCAUUCAGCAAUCGAUCAAUUUCAGUCGGGGAAAGGGUGUUUCUCCGGUUUGCCGAAGUCUCGACCAGUUGGAGUGGGCCAAAGAACAACAAAAAACACAACAACAACAACAACGUCAUCGGCAACAAUUCUUUCUACUCCAACAACAACCACAAUUUGCAGCAGCUCCAGCGUUCGACGACGAAUUAUCAGCAGCAGCAGCAGCCGCAACUACAUUGUGGUGGUAACUUAAUCGUCGUCACCAACAACAUCAACAUCCCAGUAAAAUACAACAAAAAUUUAAAUUCCGUAGCGCUGCAUCAAGUUACCGGUAAAAACGUAAGGCUUUCACAUGACAAGAAGAUAGCCUCGCGCUUGGCAGACGAGUAUUGUAACGGGUACGUAUUCAUGUCGCGACAUCUUAAGCCCGGGGAGAAAGUUGUCAUUCAGAUUCUUUCAUUGGAUAACGCAUUUACUGGAGGUGUGGCUUUCGGUAUGACGUCAUGUGACGUAUCCAGUCUGCUGCCCAACGAACUUCCCGAUGAUUCCGACCUACUGUUAGAUAGGAAGGAGUACUGGGUGGUGAAUAAGGACGUUUGCGAGGUCAAAUACGGCAAAAACGGCCACACUGUCUCCACCUUAAUGCACGUUGACAUGGCCGUACAAUUAACUGCUUUUUUUGAUGUCUAUGGCAAUACCCAAGCUAUAAAAUUGCUUGCCACUAUCUUUGCGAACACUUCAUCAUCAUCGUCAUCCUUGACGUCAUCAUCGUCGCCAUUUUUUCUACAGCAAUGGUAUAGCGCUACACCUAAUAAUAAUAAUAAUAAUAAUAAUAAUAUUAGCAACAACACCAAUAACAUUAACAAUAGUAAUAACAUUGCUGAUUUCUUCGACAACCUUAGUAUAAGCAGCCACAGCGGCCACAGCAACUACACAAACGGCAUUAGCAGCAGUAGUGGUAGCAACAGCAUUCAACAGCAGCAGCAGCAACAACAUCGGCAACAAAACUUGCUACUGACAAAUUUACUAGAUUUCUCAGAAGACGACAACGCGUUUAUCAGUAGUAGCAGCAGUGCGGGGUCCGGCUGUGUGGACCCCCCUGUGCCGCCCCGUCCACCUCCCCCAAGGGCCACACCCAGAUCUAGUAACAUCAAUGCUAGUCGCAUAUCAAAUUACCCACCCCUACCACCGAAGAUGUUUAAGAAUGGAGGUAAAUAUAAUUCCAAUGAAGUUUUGGUUGCUGGGUUUGAUGUCGCCGCCUUUGUUGAGGACUGCGUUGCUGAUGAGGAACAGCAUCAUUUGCAGCAGCAGCAGCAACAACGAAUUCAGCAGCAGCAGCAACUUCAGCAGCAACAAAAUGCACCCUUCAUUCCUCCGCCCAUGUCCACAAACUCGUUGCACUUCUUGAGAAGUAACUCCGUAAGCAACGCCAUGACCACAACAGCAGCUAAUGCAGUGUCCGCCACGUCGGCUAAUUUGACGGCUUUCGAGCUGGCCAGAUUAAACAUUCAAUCAAUUAUUGUACAGCAGCAGCAGCAACAACAACAACAGUUCCAUCAGCAUCGAAAUUCAUCAACUCCGACUUUGAUGAAUGCCAGUUCGAAACCUUCGACUCCUGUUCACUCGAGAUCGAAUGCAAACUCAGCCCCAUCGACGACAAUUUCAUCAUCAACAACAGCGCCACUGACGACAACUACAUCAGCAGCAGCAACAAAAGCUCCGGUUCCUGUAAGGCGAACGAGUGUUUACAAUUCAACAAAUUACCUCUAUAGCAACAUUACAUCGACGACGACAACAACAACGACGCCAAACUUAGCUAACAACAACAACAACACACCUUCCAGGCAGAAAACAACACUCCCUCAAAAACAACAACAACGCAACAUUUCACCGACAUCGUCAUCAUCGACGUCAUCAUCUCCGCAACACCGCAACAACAACAGCAACAACAUCACACAACAACAACAACAACAAACAACCUCAACAUCGUCAAUGGAAUCGCAAGACAAUGCUAACAACGAAUGCAGCGUGUGUUUUGAGAAGGCUCCGGACUGCGUGCUGUACAUGUGUGGCCACAUGUGCAUGUGCUACGAGUGUGCACUCGUCGUCAAGGAGUACAAAGACGCCCAGUGCCCUAUUUGCAGACAGCCAAUCAAAGACAUUAUCAAAAUAUAUAGGUCAUGA